CCUCGAACCGCAUCCUCCAUCCUCGAGCCCUGCGCGAAGCCGUCGAUCGACGAACAUGCGCCUGUGCCUUCCUCGCCGCAGUUGACAUGCCCCUUGAGAAAAUCUUAAAAAACAAAAAAAUCCGCCGCCAUCUCCGACUUUCAUUUUAUUUAGCUCCUCCAAACACUCUCUACUGUCUGUCUGAACCGAAGCUUCUCUGAACUUGCAUCUGCACAGCCAGAUCGUCCUUACAACCACUCGCCCUUGUCCCUGUCAUGCCUUUCCAAAAUGAGAUCCCCGCGACACCGCGCGUGAUAUCCCCUUCUCCCACCCCCUCGGAACUCUCGGAAUCGAAAGAUGGCUAUCGAGGGCCCCUUACUCGUUCUGCCUCAGCAAGGCGACAGCUCUCCUCUCCUCCACCAAUCUCAGAAGAAGAUAGAGGACAGGAGAACGAGUCCGGCUCAGAUUCGAGCACCAACAAGCGCGCCAGAACCCGAUCUCGGAGCCCGAUUACAAAGUCGCCCGGCAAGACUCGGCGUCGCCUGUCAGGCCUGACAUCAAUCGACGAAUCCCCUUCAAAGUUGAAACCUUUGACGAAUGGCUUUCUCUCCCCUAAUGGCCAUCUCUCGCCAUAUUCAACGGCCAAGGAACCCUUCCGUGAUCUAUCGCGCUCGCCGUCACCUCUCGGCCUGAUCCCCCUCCAUAGACACUACAGAAAUUUUAUCCAUCGCCAUGAGAUUCCACGAAAGCUGCUCCAUGUCUCAAUCGGCUUUAUCACGAUCGAUCUUUAUCGCCGUGGCGUGCAGACGUUGGAGAUCACUCCAUGGCUUCUCACGGCCUUGAUUCCCAUUGCUGCCACAGAUUUCCUUAGGCACCGUUUCCAGACAGUUAAUAAACUCUAUAUUCGCUGCCUGGGUGCCUUGAUGCGCGAAACUGAGGUGUCGGGUUAUAAUGGCGUCAUUUGGUACCUCCUUGGUGCCUUCAUUGUCUUGAGAUUCUUCCCCAAAGACGUGGGCGUUAUGGGCGUUCUGCUUCUGAGCUGGUGCGAUACAGCAGCAUCGACCUUCGGGCGUCUCUACGGUCGCUACACCCCUCGAAUUCGCAGAGGAAAGAGCUUAGCAGGCACUUUGGCCGCUUGUGCUGUCGGCAUAGUUACUGCUACAGCAUUCUGGGGCUACCUUGUUCCCACUGUUGGCUCCUUUGCCAACGAUCCUGAGAAUUCGUUCAUGUUCACUGGAACAUUGAACCUUAUCCCAGACUACGUGAAAGGUGCCCUUGAAUGGGUGGGAAUCUCCCGGGGGAUCACGGAUAAAGCUGUGGUGUCCGGCCCACUCGCCCUCGGUGUGAUGAGUUUGUGGACGGGCAUCGUCGCUGCUGGUAGCGAGUUGAUUGAUUUGUUCGGUUGGGACGAUAAUUUGACUAUUCCGGUGUUGAGCGGCGUUGGAAUGUGGGGAUUCUUGAAGGUUUUCGGGUCAUGAACUGCACUUUGGCAGUUUUCCUUUCUUUCUUUCGGUGUUGUCCUAUUUAAUUACGCUGUUACGUUGUCUGCAUGUUUUCCUCCUUCUAAUCAUCCUGUUUCUUUCUAUCGAUGCCCAGCGUCCUCCACUCUCGCCCAUUCAGACCGAAGAUACACCUUUUAAAGAUGCCCAUUUUUCACCCUGUUACCUCCAACAGUACCCCUAUUAAAUGCAUUUCCUUAUAUUCCCCCUUUUUUUGUCCUUCGCAUACUCCUUGAACACGAGACUGCUUUAUUAGAUCUGAAUACCUAGCAUACCUCUGCAUGUAUAGUAAAUAACCGAUCUUCUCGCCGUCGUUACCCGGCCACACUCCUCGUUAUGUUCACAAUAACAUUGAACCAUGAC